UCGACAUUCACUUCCCGCUCACCGCUGUCACGUUACCAUAGCGAUGGAGAGAAGCCAGUGGGAGAAGGCCCUAACUUAUUUUCAGGCAUGUGCCCGCGGUUACUUGGUGAGAAAAGAAGUCUGUCAUGCACAGGAAGACUUUGAGGACAUUGUGAGAGAAAUUGAUGGUGGUCUGUCCCAUUUAGAGUGGCAGAAGACAAUCAUCCCUAUUCCUCAUUUCACAGACAUUGACAGUGUGUUUCUAAGACCCAGUUGCUCUGCCAGCCAGAUGUCAGAUUCAGGCCCAUCAGUAGUCGCUCCCUUAUCGCUAGAGAGAAGAGAUUGUCUACUUCCAGAGGAGACAGAAGCUGACAGAGAUGAUUCUUAUACCGGGAAACAAGCCCCCCUUUCUGUUACCUCCAGCAGCACUGUUGGAGGAGGUGGACGGGAGAAGAAAAAGAGCAGUGGUGGAGAUAAAGAUGCAGGUGUGACAGACGUCACGGGUGACUCCACCACCAUCUGGACCAGUUCUGAGCUCAACUCAAGCUGCGGUCAUUCUCACAAAGAUCUCCGUCAGCACCGCCUGGUACAGGAGGUGCCACAUACCCCAGAGGCUCUGCGUCUCCAUAGAAACACCCUGACCAUGGAGAUGGUCUGGCUCCAACAGGCCAUUAACAGCAGGAAAAAGUAUUUGACUGUGAAAGGUGGGCUGAGUGUGUCCUGACAGCAGUUGUGGCUACAUACUUAUCCAACUUGGACUUAAUGUGGAACUGAACAUCUCAGUUAAAUGAACAGAAGUCUAAUGGAAAUAAACUGUGUUUGUUGAGACUUUUCCAUCUGAUGAAGAUGCUCAAAGGACUUCACACACUGAUGUCAGCGUGUUGCCGUGCUGGACCCUCAACUGCACACCAGGAGCAACUUGGGGAAUCUAACUGAUCGUCCUCUGGUCCUAAUCCUGCUGCUUGACCGCUAGACCACCCCCUCCAUCUAAUGUCAUACUUAGUUUGCCUUU